UGCCUUCUGUCAGUGCUCAUCAGUGCCUCGUGCCAGUGCCCAUCACUGCCUUUCAGUGUCACCCAUCAGUGCCAGUCAGUGCCACCUAUCAAUGCCAAUCAGUGCCACCUAUCAGUGCUGCCAAUCAGUGCCACCUAUCAGUGCCAGUCAGUGCCCUAUCAGUGCCAGUCAGUGCCGCCUAUCAGUGCGCAGUCAUUGCCGCCUAUCAGUGCCAGUCAGUGCCGCCUAACAGUGCCAGUCAGUGCCGCCUAUCAGUGCCAUGUAUUAGUGCUGCCUUUCAGUGCCCAUCAGUGAUGCCU